GUUCUCUCUCUCUCUCUCUCUCUCUCGAUGAACAGUCCAUGAACCCUCUUUCUUGAUCUCUGCAACUAAUGUUGCAGGCUGUGUGUUGUGACCUUCAAUUCUGUAUCCUUUUUGGUUCUUAAUUGGUUGCUUAAUUAUUAGCAAUGGAGAAGAAAGAUGGAGGAAAUGGUCACUCUCUGAACCCAUCAUCAUUAUCAUCAUUCAAACCACCACCAUUUGCAGCCAUGGAAGUUGUUUCAAGUAGAAUUGUCAUCUGGUUGUAAUCAAACAAAACCAUCAAAAUCUUUGUGUCGUUAUUCAUCGUUUACUGUAAUUGAAUUCGUUAAUUUUAAGACAUUGGAAGCUCAGAAUCCAUGGCGGGUUUGAUGCCCAUGUGCUCAACCAUAGUAGAAGAAGGUGGAAACAGUCCUGUGGGGUACACGAGAGAGUUCCAGUCGAUGUUAAUGGAAGGUUUGGAUGAAGAUGGUGGUGGUGAGGAGUCCGCCGGCGGUCAGAUCUCCGAGAAGAAACGACGGCUGAGUGUAGAUCAAGUGAAGGCGUUGGAGAAGAACUUCGAGAUGGAGAAUAAGUUGGAGCCGGAGAGGAAAGUGAAGCUUGCUCAAGAGCUUGGUCUGCAACCACGUCAGGUCGCCGUCUGGUUCCAGAACCGCCGUGCACGGUGGAAGACGAAACAACUAGAGAGAGACUACGGUGUUCUUAAAGCCAAUUUUGAUUCACUCAAAAACAACUACGAAUCCCUUAAACAUGAUAAUGAAUCUCUACUCAAACAGAUUAGGGAACUGAAAUCCAAGUUAUACGGGGAAGACGAAGAAACCCAUGUUCCGGUGAAGGAAGAAACAGGCGAUAAGCCAAAGUCGCCGGAGAUGAUGUACGAAAACAUGACGACGUAUUUCAAAGAUGGGUCUUCAGACAGUGAUUCAAGUGCGAUACUGAACGAAGAUAACAACAGUUCGAACAUGGCGGCUGCCAUCGUGAUGAACUGUCAACAGUUGCCGGAAUCAAAAGCUAUAAUGGGUGAUGCACAGAAAGCUUACCAGCCUCAGUUUGUGAAGAUCGAAGAACACAAUUUCUUCAGUGGAGAUGAAUCCUGCAAUUUCUUCUCCGAUGAUCAAGCUCCGACCCUCCAAUGGUACUGUCAAGAUCAAUGGAAUUUAACGGAAGAUAACUAAAUUAAUCUCCGGUCAGUCUCCAAUCACCGAUGGAAACAUUUUAAAAAUAAGUAAAAAAUGUAAAUUAAACAACAAGAAUGAAAUCGGUGGCAUGAGGGGAUGUAUUGAAGCUAAUUUUCAAUUUCCGCCAUUAAAGAAGAAAAAAGCUUCAACUUCAUCAAUGGAAGAACAUCCUGUAAUAUUGGAAAAAUAAUGAAAUGAAUGCUACUUUAAAUCCA